CAAUAAUAUUUAGGUAUGUCAGGAUCUUUCUGGCUUGAAGCGUUUAUUUUGAAAUAGUAGGCGGAAGUCGUGCAUGUUGUAUGUUGGGACGUUGAUCCUUGUGUCUCGGUGGGUCAGUCAGCCUCUGCAGCCUACAACUAGCACUUACAAAGAGAAAACACAGGCUCCGCACAGUAAUCUCGGACGUCUCCCUCCGGCUGCAAAGGACGCUUGGUCGGACCGCGGAAGGGGCCGGCACAUCCCCUCUAUUCUGCCUGGGAAUCGGAUCGUUCUAUCACGCUCGGAAGAGGCUUUGAAAGGCCGGCGAUGCGAGAACAGCUUCGGAACCAUCAGACCCAGACAACAUGCUGGGACCAUCCCAAGAUGGCUGAGCUCUACCAGUCUUUGGCCGAUCUGAACAAUGUUCGGUUCUCAGCCUACCGCACAGCCAUGAAGCUCAGACGCUUGCAGAAGGCUCUCUGCUUGGACCUGUUGAGCAUGCCGACAGCUUGUGAGAUAUUUGACCAGCACGGUUUGAAGCAGAACGAGCAGCUGCUGGACAUCUCUCAGCUGGUCACCUGUCUCACAAGCCUCUACCAGCGACUUGAGCAGAACCACUCCCACUUGGUCAAUGUCCCGCUGUGCGUUGACAUGUGUCUCAACUGGCUGCUUAACGUCUACGACACUGGUCGCACUGGAAAGAUCAGAUCUCUGUCAUUCAAAACUGGAAUCAUCUCACUCUGCAAGGCUCAUUUGGAGGAUAAAUACAGAUUCCUGUUCCGGCAGGUUGCCAGUGCAACAGGAUUCUGUGACCAGCGUCGACUGGGGCUCCUUCUGCACGACUCCAUUCAGAUCCCCCGACAACUUGGCGAGGUUGCCUCCUUCGGCGGCUCCAACAUUGAGCCCUCCGUCCGCAGCUGCUUUCAGUUUGCCAACAACAAGCCUGAGCUUGAGGCCACCAUGUUCCUGGACUGGAUGCGCCUGGAGCCUCAGUCCAUGGUGUGGUUACCUGUCCUUCAUCGCGUCGCUGCUGCAGAGACUGCCAAACACCAGGCCAAGUGCAACAUCUGCAAGGAAUGUCCAAUCAUAGGCUUCAGAUAUCGGAGCCUAAAACAUUUCAACUAUGACAUUUGUCAAAGCUGCUUUUUCUCUGGCCGUGUUGCAAAGGGGCACAAGAUGCAGUACCCCAUGGUUGAGUACUGCACCCCGACUACAUCAGGAGAGGAUGUCCGGGACUUUGCCAAGGUGCUGAAGAACAAAUUCAGGACCAAGCGUUACUUCGCCAAACACCCACGGAUGGGCUACCUGCCCGUCCAGACCAUCCUGGAAGGAGACAACAUGGAAACUCCUGUCACACUGAUCAACUUCUGGCCUGUAGACCAUGCGCCUGGAUCAUCCCCUCAGCUCUCACAUGACGACACACACACACGGAUCGAGCACUAUGCCAACCGGUUAGCAGAAAUGGAGAAUCGUAAUGGCUCUUAUCUCACUGACAGUAUCUCACCCAAUGAGAGCAUCGAUGACGAGCACAUGUUGAUCCAGCACUACUGCCAGUCUCUGAACCAAGGCUCUCCUCUCAGCCAGCCCCGCAGCCCCGCCCAGAUCCUCAUCUCCAUGGAGACAGAGGAGAAGGGAGAGCUGGAGAGGGUCCUUAAUGACCUGGAGCAGGAGAACAGGAAACUACAAGCAGAGUACGACCGCCUGAAGAAGACACACGACAGAAAGGGUCUUUCCCCACUGCCAUCGCCCCCAGAGAUGCUACCAGUGUCGCCACAGUGCACACGUGAUGCUGAGCUUAUCGCUGAGGCUAAGCUGCUACGGCAACAUAAAGGCCGUCUAGAGGCCCGGAUGCAGAUACUGGAGGACCACAACAAACAGCUGGAGUCUCAGCUUCACAGACUGAGACAGCUCCUGGAGCAGACGGAUUCCAAGGUAAACGGCACAGCUCUGUCCUCCCCAUCCACCUCCUCUCAGCGUUCCGACUCCUCUCUCCCUCUGCUUCGUGUGGCUGCCAGCCAAACUACUGAUACAAUGGGUGAUGAUGAGCUGUCCAGCCCAUCCCAAGAUGCAGCUGGGCUGGAGGAAGUGAUGGAACAGCUCAACAAUUCUUUCCCUCAAAGUCAGGGUCCCAGCAUUGGCAGUUUGUUUCACAUGGCUGAUGAUCUGGGCCGUGCCAUGGAGUCACUGGUCAGUGUGAUGACGGACGAAAGGAGCACCAAACAGCACGAGGCCCUGCACUUCUGAUCCUGCCUUUAAUCUUCAGCCCUAACACCCCUCUCUCCUCCGUCCCUCCCUACUUUCCUACCUAUCGCAUGCUUUUCUAGUCAAAACAACUGGAUUGGAAACAGUUUACAAAGAGAAUAUAUAUAUAUAUAUAUAUAUAUAACAUUUAUUUUUGUGAAAGAUUAAAGUUCCAGCAAUGUCUCAUCAAAAAAGUACAUGUAGAUUUCAGUAGUUUCUUAAAAUGUCCUAAAGUUGUUUUAUUAUGAAGAGAGGCUGUUUUUGGUUUUUUUUAGCUUUUGUUUUUUAACGUCUAUGCAAUUGUACAAAACAACAAUGGGGCUAUGGGUUGGGGGUUGAGAUACAAAGAAGUAUGGUCAUAUAUUUGCCAUCUCUUUGUAACUGGGGAAACUAAAUAUUUGUAUCAAAAAUGAAUGAUUGAAAUAAUAAGGGUGCUUUAUAAGAGAAAACAUGUCUUUGUAAAACAUACACUACUGUCACAGUAAUGCAGACCUAAUGGAUCCUUAAAGUAGAAUGUCUGCAAGACUGUAUGGAUGUGUGUUUGGUUGUGUAUGUGGUGGUGCCUAAAUUUCAUAUUGCAAUCCUUUUUUCCAAAAAGUUGAGAAGCUAUGUAAGAGGUCAAUAAAAGGAAAAAUCAA